AUGUCUGAGGAUGUGAAGAUGAAGUUCUUUGCACUACCGUUGUUUGUCCGCGACCCGACGGUAUCAGCCGAAGAUUCGUAUUCUCAAUCAGCUCGGGUCAAACUUUAUUCACAUGAUGCAUCAUCCCAAGAAGACAGCGACAUAUUCCAGUUCCUAGAGUUGAAAGCCCCGUCAGAAAUGGGCGCCAAGUCUGGAGGUCUGCAUGUACACUACACGGACGGCCAAGCUGAGGCAAGGCUGGCUCCGUCAUACGGGCCAACAGCGUUUGCUCGCGCAGCCUCUUUUGUCCUGCAUGACGGGUGUCUUGAUCGGCUCCCCGGACUUCGAUCGCUUUCUUCCGAUCGAGCGACCGCAUGGCCAAAAGACUCGAUUCGGUGCCCAACUCCGGAAUCCAUCACAUCGGCGUUAUUCUUCUAG